GGGCGGGACGGUCCCUUACCCCUGCCAGUUUCUGUUCACAGGGGCGUCAGACCCGGUUUCAAGUUACGACUUCUCCAGGCUCAGCGGUUCGGAUCAGCCCGGCAUUGGAACCCGCAGCAAACUCUAUCAGCCUCACUCUCAGGUGCGCUGGUCAGACGGUGAGACUCUGACUCUAAUAGAUAUAAUCUCUCAGCUGGGUGUGAUUGAGGAGCUGGAGAGACCCAGGCAGAGAAACUACGUUAUCUACCAGCAUGCAGUGCAGGUGCUGGCCAGCAGGGGCAUAAUUCGCAACAUCGUGCAGGUGAGAGAUAAAUUUAAAAAGCUUAAAUACAGUUACCUCGCCGUUCGGGACGCUUGCAAAAAAGGACCGGCUGGCAAAGAGGCCCAGUCUCGCUUCCGGUUCUGGAGCCAAAUGGACCAGCUGAUGAGCCAGAAACCCGCUGUGAAGAAACCGCCACACCAGACCCAGCACCAGACCCAGGACCAGCACCAGAUCCAGACCCAGACCCAACACCAGACCCAGACCCAACACCAGACCCAGAUCCAGCACCAGAUCCAGACCCAGACCCAACCCCAGAACCAGCAACCGAUCCAGAACCAGACCCAGACCCAGAACCAGACCCAUACCCAGCACCAGACCCAGACCCAGGACCGUGGGGAGGAAGGAGGAGGGAUGCAGAAUCACAAUUCACACACAAGCCAGACUCGCCUCAGCCCUGCGUUCCCUCCCCCCCCUCCCUCCCCUCCACCCGAAAACAGCUUCAUAAUGGGGGGGCCGCCCCCAUCCGCCCAGUCCAGCCAGUCUUCAAACCACUGCUCCCAGUUCCACCCCCCAGCGACCCUCGUCUCCGUUUACAGCGCCCUGCAGCCCUCGUUCCAGUUUGACUCUGGGAGUGCUGGGAGCAGUGGGAGCACUCCCGCCCCCUCCAGCGCCUUGCCUCCGAGUCCCGCGAGCUCAAACUCCCAGUCUGGGGAUCAGGAGCUGCCCAUUACUCCCAGCUCUGCCGCCUCUGAUAAUGAAGGAGAUGCUCCCUGCAGAACAGAACGCUCCUUAUUUUUCCUCAAGACGAAGAGGAGGAGGAGGAGGAGGAGGAGGAGGAAGGAGAGGGGAGGGGGUCAGCGUUGCUGCUGCUGCGAGGGAGGCCAGCUGUCCCAGAAUGUCACUCUGCUGCUGCGGCAGCUGGUCCGAGCCCAACGCUCCUCGAACAGGCUGGCCCGCAUCACCCUGGCGGAGCUGCGCAGGUCCAGGGAGCUCCAGGAGAGAGCGGCCAGGCAGGAGAGCCGGAGACUGGACAGGGAGACCAUCGACGCAGCCACUGACCGCUGAGCCUGCCUCUUCACAUUACAAGCAGAAUUACAGCAGCACUGUUUGUGAUAGGAGACCGCAGCAUAAAGAACUACAGCUCCCAGCAUGCCUCGCCAUGCCAGCGGGUGCAGAGGCAUGCUGGGAGCUGUAGUCCUAUAGCCAGGGCUGGAGCGAUUCACUGUGUCUCGAUGAAUCGCGAUGCUUUCUUUACAUGAUGUGUCGUAAUAGAGGUCUGUAUCGCUUGUGAUAGGAGACCGCAGCAUAAAGAACUACAGCUCCCAGCAUGCCUCGCCAUGGCCGCGGGUGCAGAGGCAUGCUGGGAGCUGUAGUCCUAUAGCCAGUGCUGGAGCGAUUCACUGUGUCUCGUUGAAUCGCGAUGCUUUCUUUAAACAUCAGGGCUGGGAAUCAGACUCCCGCUGCACAGCAGUGUGAUCCAGUCCUGGUUUCACUAGGAGUUUAAUAAGCUUGUUAUCCGGAUUCAUUUUUCUUUGAAUAAAUGAGAAACCAAGCUGUGUUUAUGUCA